UCUCCCCCCCUUUUUUCUUUUUUAAAAUUUUCUCCUUUCCACCUUCCACCUCCCUAUUCGUCUCCCAGGUUGAUUUUUUUUUUUUCCUUUUCUCUUGGCUUGCCCAUGAGCCUCCUCGGGAGCUACCGGAAAAAGACCAGCAACGAUGGUUAUGAAUCUUUGCAGCUGGUGGACAGUAACGGGGACUUUAGUGCGGGGAGCGGCGGGGGUGGCGUCAAGCAGAGAGUGAAUGUCGGGGCGACGGUGCGGAGUCCCGCCCGGCAGGCUCAGGACCGCGCCAGCACCAUGGACAGCUCAGGUGCCUCGUCUCCAGACAUGGAGCCCAGCUAUGGGGGUGGUCUCUUUGACAUGGUAAAAGGAGGUGCAGGGAGACUCUUCAGUAACCUAAAGGACAACCUGAAAGACACCCUCAAAGACACAUCUUCCCGAGUCAUACAAUCGGUUACCAGCUACACGAAGGGAGAUUUAGACUUCACUUACGUUACCUCCAGAAUUAUUGUGAUGUCCUUCCCUCUGGACAGUGUUGACAUAGGAUUCAGGAAUCAAGUCGAUGACAUUCGAAGCUUUUUGGAUUCCAGACAUCUGGACCACUACACGGUGUACAAUCUGUCGCCCAAGUCUUACCGAACUGCCAAGUUUCACAGCAGGGUCUCAGAAUGCAGCUGGCCCAUUAGGCAGGCACCCAGUCUGCACAACCUCUUUGCUGUGUGUCGGAAUAUGUACAACUGGCUACUACAGAACCCUAAAAACGUCUGUGUUGUCCACUGCUUGGAUGGACGAGCAGCAUCGUCAAUUCUGGUUGGUGCUAUGUUCAUUUUCUGUAAUCUCUACUCUACUCCUGGUCCAGCUGUUCGGUUGUUAUACGCAAAGCGACCAGGAAUUGGACUGUCACCAUCCCACAGGAGAUACCUGGGCUAUAUGUGUGACCUCCUAGCAGACAAACCCUACCGCCCUCACUUCAAGCCUCUCACGAUUAAGUCGCUCACUGUCAGUCCAGUCCCCUUUUUUAACAAACAGAGAAAUGGAUGUCGCCCUUACUGUGAUGUACUGAUCGGAGAAACCAAAAUAUAUACAACCUGCACAGAUUUUGAACGAAUGAAAGAAUACCGUGUCCAAGAUGGGAAAAUCUUCAUUCCCUUGAACAUCACGGUGCAAGGAGAUGUGGUUGUUUCCAUGUAUCACUUGAGGUCAACCAUCGGGAGCCGGCUACAGGCCAAGGUGACCAACACUCAGAUAUUCCAGCUUCAGUUUCAUACUGGAUUCAUACCAUUGGAAACAACAGUUUUAAAGUUCACCAAGCCUGAGUUGGAUGCAUGUGAUGUACCAGAAAAAUAUCCUCAGCUGUUCCAGGUGACUCUGGACGUAGAACUACAACCCCACGACAAAGUGAUAGACUUAACCCCACCAUGGGAACAUUAUUGCACAAAAGACGUCAAUCCCAGCAUCCUCUUCUCUUCUCACCAGGAGCAUCAAGAUACCCUGGCCUUAGGAGGACAGGCUCCAGUAGAUAUUCCUCCAGACAACCCCAGGCAUGUUGGGCAAGGUGGCUUCUUUUCCUCUCUCUGUUGGCAAGAUCAGAAAUCAGAGAAGUCAUUCUGUGAGGAGGACCACGCUGCCCUAGUGAACCAGGAAAGCGAGCAGUCAGAUGAUGAACUUCUGACCCUUUCCAGUCCACACGGCAAUGCCAAUGGUGACAAACAUCAUGGAGCCAAGAAACCCAGCAAAAAGCAGCAGGAGCCAGCUGCCCCUCCACCCCCUGAGGAUGUGGACCUUCUGGGCUUAGAAGGGUCUGCAGUGAGUAAGAACUUCUCCCCGCCAGUGGCUCCUCCCACCAACUCUGAACUGCUCAGUGAUCUGUUUGGCGGUGCAGGUGCAGCCGGCCCUGGACAGUCUGGGGUGGAAGACGUGUUUCAUCCGAGUGGACCUGCGUCUGCCCAGUCAACACCACGCCGAUCUGCCACCUCCGCCUCUGCGUCUCCAACCUUAAAAGGGAGAGAAGCCACCUUUGACCCAUUUGGAGCACCUUCUAAACCACCAGGGCAAGAUCUGCUGGGUUCUUUUCUGAACACAUCCAGUGCUUCCAUUGACCCCUUUCUUCAGCCUACGAGAAGUCCUUCACCUACGGUACAUGCUUCUAGCACACCUGCUGUGAACAUUCAGCCAGAUGUUUCAGGAAGUUGGGACUGGCAUACUAAACCAGGUAAAGGAGGUUUUGGAAUGGGAAGCAAGUCAGCUGCCACCAGCCCGACAGGAUCUUCGCAUGGCACUCCCACCCAUCAAAACAAACCCCAGACUCCGGAUCCUUUUGCUGACCUUGGGACACUAGGUACAAACUUAACAGGUAGUUCUUCAUUUGCCAGCAAACCCACCACACCAACUGGACUGGGCGGAGGAUUUCCACCUCUCAGCUCACCACAGAAAGCUUCUCCCCAGCCUAUGGGUGGAGGGUGGCAGCAGGGAGCUGGCUACAACUGGCAGCAGACACAGUCGAAGCCACAGCCUAGCAUGCCACACUCCUCUCCCCAGAACCGACCCAACUACAACGUGAGCUUCUCAGCCAUGCCUGGGGGCCAGAGUGAGCGUGGGAAAGGAUCAACUAAUUUGGAAGGGAAACAAAAAGCAGCUGACUUUGAAGAUCUACUUUCUGGUCAAGGUUUCAAUGCACACAAAGACAAAAAGGGGCCUCGAACAAUAGCUGAGAUGAGAAAGGAAGAAAUGGCUAAGGAAAUGGAUCCUGAGAAAUUAAAGAUUCUGGAAUGGAUUGAAGGCAAAGAGAGAAACAUCAGAGCACUUCUGUCCACCAUGCACACGGUGCUGUGGGCUGGGGAGACCAAGUGGAAACCAGUUGGCAUGGCCGACCUGGUGACACCAGAGCAGGUGAAGAAGGUGUACAGGAAGGCUGUGCUGGUGGUUCAUCCAGAUAAAGCUACUGGGCAACCCUAUGAACAAUAUGCAAAGAUGAUUUUCAUGGAGCUCAAUGAUGCCUGGUCUGAAUUUGAAAAUCAAGGCCAAAAGCCCUUGUAUUAAUUUAUGAGCUUUUCCAUCUCUGCUACAGACCUGUGCUAAUGCGUAGUGUGUGUCACAAUUCUGAGAUUUUCACAGAUCAACCAAAAACUCCAGUAACAUGUAUCCAGUACUAAAACUGUUAAAUUACUUGUGAAUUAAUUCCUCAUUGAUAAGCCGUGUAGAUGUUUGUUUUCUCAAGUCCCCACCAUAAAAGUUCCAAAGCAGGAGAGGAGCUUUUAGUCAGAUGACCUUGCAGAGUUACAACAUUCCAGCCUGGCCUUUGGGGAGCCGAUGCAAAAUAUCAUGGGGAAAUGGAAAAUAGAAGCCACCGAAAGCAAAACACCCAUUUCAUUGUCUGGGAAUAGGAUUAAUGAGGAAAAGUUAUGAUAAUAAAAUUAUAUGAUGGAUUUUAACUAAUGGUUUUUAGAUUUUCUUGGAAAGAUGUAAUUUGAGCAACCGCUUUAUAUAGACUCUAGAAACACAACCACCAAAUUUUUUUUUCUUUUUUAAUAGAAAUUUACUGUGGUUUUUAGCAUAGCACUGUACACUUCUUUUGGUCAAGAGGACAAGAGGACUUGCACAAGAACUUGCACAAGAACUUGAAUUGUGAAAGCAAUUAUACUGCAAUACAGUGAUUACCACCAAUUCUUCCCGGAUAAGCUAAAAAUCAGUGAAAAUGCUGGCUAAAGAAAAUAGGGACUCUGAGGAUGUAGAAACCUUUAUUUCUGGUCAGAAAGUUGGGCUGCUACCUUCAUUUCCCUUGAGAAAACUGUGGUUGCUUAAUUAAAAAUUCUUAAUAGCAUAUGCUGUAUGAUCUGAAAGAAACUUCUAAUUUUGCCAUAACGCUUAAUGCCCUUCCUUUUGCUUAGCCAAGAAAACGUUCUUAGCUUGUUGUCAAGCAGUUUGGAGCAUUUACAAGUUAUCAGGACCAAUACCUAGUAUGGACCCGGUGUCCUCUAGGUUUGCGAGUGGUUUACAGUGGGGCUUAUCAUUUUAAAAGUUGUUGGGGAUCCAAAGGACAUCUGUGAAAGCAAAGCAAGAGUGAAACCUUUGCAGACCUCACACUGGUCAGUUGAGUUUUUUUGGCUGUUUCUAAUUUUGAGGGGUAAGCAGUUGUUAUCCUGUGACUUUAGUAGAUCUCUUUUGGUGCACAUACACAUGUGCGUAAAUAUAUAUAUAUAUAUAUAUAUAUAUAUAUAUAUAUAUAUAUAUAUAUAUAUAAUUUAUCAGAUGGGCAAAAAGAUUUCCAUGCUAAUUUUAAAAGGUUCAUGCUCAAUAUUGUGAAAAGCUUUCCAAAAUUGUUUUUCAAAGACAAUCAUUUUUGUUUCUAUUUUUUAAUUUUCUUGUGGCAAACUGUACUGGAAAAGCAGCAUGUCAAAAAUGCUUUAUGUUCUAUAGAGAACUCUCUUUUUUUUCUUUUUUUUUGUUAAAAGGGUUCAUUUUUUAUUUUACCUUUUACUGACAAUGUGAACUCGCAAAAAAAAAUGUUCUUUUUAAAUAUACAGCUGUAAACUGUUCACGAUAACCAUAACAAACUAGGUGUUAUUUAUUAACGUAUUAUAAAAUAAUGUUUGAUCCAGUAUGUGCUUGUCUUAUUUAAAAUCGGAAUGUGAGACAUGUUGCUGUGACCUGUUUUUUCCCCUCAUUCACAUUUGUAGAUAUUGUGUGAACUACAGUAUAUAAUGAUAAUACUUAAAAGGAUAUUAUGUGAAUGUCACGUGCAUUUUGAAAUGAUAGAACUAUAUUAGCUUUGUAUCAUGUUUGGAUAAUUCACCAAUGUUCACAGUUUAAAACAUCAUUAAACAUUAUGUAAUUAGCAAUGAGAAGGAAUCUUACUUAACCUAAAUUUGGGUUCCCCACCUCUUUCCCAGAUAAUUAUAACUCUGGACCCCUGUUUAAUCUCAAAACCCUUAACAUGUGCAGACCAACAGGUUUUUGCAUUUCUUUUAAAUACCUGGUUGUGACAGAGCUUCUUGUUGAUCAGAUUCACCAUUUCAUUCAUAUUUAUUGUAAUAUAUUUUUGUUUUGUAAAUAUGUUACACACAACAAAAUGUGAUUGGUCUAAAAUAUUUGUAAUGUAUAUUAAAAGGAUCAAAAAUA